GUCACCGUCAACAAGCAGCAGUAUGAGAGCAGGGGAGCCUCCAUCCAUGCCCUCAGCCUCCACAUGCAGGACUUCGUCAAGAUCCUUGGCCUCAAGCACCGGCGUGAGGUGGCGGGGAAGAGUGCCAUAUUCAGCGGGGAGCACUUCGUCCUGGAGGAGACCGACUGGUACCUGCUCAACCUCUUCCGGCUCUGGUGGCACUAUGGCAUCAGCUUCCUGCGCCUGCAGAUGUGGGUGGAGGAGGUGAUGGAGAAGUUCAUGAGGAUCUACAAGUACCAGGCGCACGGCUAUGCCUUCUCCAGCCUGGAGGAGCUGCUGCGCUCGCUGGGGGGUGACGCCUUCGUCAACAUGACGCAGCGCUCGGUGGCCGAGUCCUUGCUGGAGGUGGGCGUCACGCAGCGCUUCGUGGACGACGUCAUUGCGGCCGUCCUGCGCUCCAGCUAUGGGCAGUCGGUGCUGGUGCCUGCCUUCGCAGGAGCCAUGUCUCUGGCGGAGGGCAGCACCUGGGCGGUGGAAGGAGGCAACAAGCUGGUGUGUUCAGGUCUGCUGAAGCUGACUAAAGCCAACGUCAUCCCGGCCAGGGUGACGGGCGUCUCUCUGCACAGCUCAGAGGGGAGAGCCCUGUACCAGGUGCACUACGAGGGCAGUGAAGGCCAGGGCUCAGCUUUCUACGAUAUGGUAGUUGUGACGACUCCCCUGCACCCCAGCAGGAGCAACUUCACCUUCGGGAACUUCGAGCCACCCAUCGCCGACUUCCCCGGAGCCUUCCAGCCCUCCGUCACCUCCGUGGUGCACGGCUACCUCAACUCCUCCUACUUUGGCUUCCCCGACCCCAAGCUCUUCCCCUUCGCCAGCAUCCUCACCACCGACACCCCCGACCUCUUCUUCAACGCCAUGGACAACAUCUGUCCUGUCAAUAUCUCAGCAGCUUUCCGUCGCAAGCAGCCCCAGGAGGCUGCAGUGUGGCGUGUCCUCUCCCAGCAGCCACUGGACAAGCAGCAGCUGAAGACCCUCUUCAGGUCCUACUACUCGGUGCAGGUGACAGAGUGGCAGACGUAUCCCCGCUACGAUGCCGCCAAGUCCCUGCCGCCCAUCGUGCUCCAUGAAAACCUCUUCUACCUCAGCGGCGUGGAAUGGGUGGCCAGCUCCAUGGAGAUGAUAGCGGUGGCGGCCAAAAAUGUGGCCCUGCUGGCUCACAACCGCUGGCAUCAGGAUCUGGAGAAAAUUGACCAGAAGGACUUGAUGCACAAGGUGAAGACCGAGCUGUGACACCCAGGGGAGGCGGCGGGCCGGGAGCUUCUGCGUGUAGUAGCCUGGGGAGUAUUUAUUGCCUUGGGGACACCAGGGGGUUUGGGGCUGGGGGAGAAGGGACAGGCUGUGUCCCAGAUGACUUGAACGUGCGUCGCCUUCAGGAAUACAGUCCCUGCCCAGUG